AUGUUUCUAAAGUGCAACAAUAUGCAAUGCAGGGCAGACAUCAAGUACAAGUACUGCAUCACAGAGUGCAAGCACCUCUUCUGCGGCGACUGCGUCCUGCUUCUGGAGCGCAAGGAGCGAUGCAUCCGAUGCAAGUCAAAGAUCGAUGUCUCGGAAAUCAGACCCAAGAAGUUCGUGAAACUGGAUCUACGUGGAUACUCGAUUGGAUACAUCCACGACAUGUGCAAGGUGGCCACCGACUUCUUUCUGGCACAGGUUGUGCAGGAGAUGCGACUGAUGAGUUCAAACAGAAACGUGCUGAUGAGGAAGGUGAGGGAGAUGGAGGAGAAGCCAGUCAAAGUGGCCAGGGGGCAGAAAAAAGAGAGGAGGCGGGAGUCGAACUCGUCUGAGGAAUACGUCAGAACGGUGGCAAAGAGAAGCAGGCCCGUUCGGGCAUCUGCGCCCAAGAAGACGCCUUUUGUGAAGGCAGCCCAUUCUGAGGCCGAGACGGUCGAGAAUCCGGCCAAAAUCAUCACACCACGAGACAUCUCGAGUCAGAGGCGCCUGAUUCUGUCGAACCUGAUCAAAACACACAACAUCACGCCGCAUGAGCCAAAGGAUAAUCCACCCGAAUACACCAAAUUCGAAGAUAGUUGA